GUUGGGUUGUCACAAUCAAUCCCAUCCCCGCCCUGUCUCCGCCAAAACCAUCUCCAUCUCUGACUCCACCGUAUCUAGGAACCGGGAUAUUAACUCCUAGGGCAAUCAUGUAAAUACCAUGUAACCUUAGGGUCGUUUUGUAGGGUUACCUGUCUACGUGGAUGGAUCCAUGCAGAGAGCGUAACAAGCUUUUCUCUUUAAAGAAGAGCCCAGGCGCAGGCGGCCAAAUUCUCCCGGCCGGCCGAGCAGGGAAGAGGAAUGAAGAGAAAGAGCGUAGCACUUGCAGUAGUCCUACUGUUGCUUUCCACCACCGUUUUCCACCCCGCUGCCGGCCAGGGUGGUGGCAAUCCCUUUGGCGGUGGCGGUGGCGGAGGCGAUCCCUUUGGCGGUGGCAAUCCCUUUGGUGGUGGCGGAGGCGAUCCCUUUGGCGGUGGCGGUGGCGGUGGUGGAGGCGAUCCGUUUGGCGGUGGCGAUCCCUUUGCAGGGUUGGAUCCGGGUAACAACUCCACUGAAGCCACUCAGAGGCCGAAUUCAAAACCUAUGGAAUUCAACGAUUUCAAAGAAGACUAUUUUCUUAAUCCAAGGGCUGCAGACACCGUCUACGAACUCCCAAACCAGCCCCCAUCAGUUGAGAUUCAUCAAUAUGCCGGUUUCGUCAGAGUGAACAAUGUAAUCAAGAGAGAUUUGUUCUACUGGUUUGCUUCCGCAACAGGAGUCGACGACCCUUCUUCCCAGCCUAUCAUACUCUGGUUAUCUGGAGAUCUAAGAUGUUCGUCUAUUGGAACUGGAGGGUUCCAGCAGAUCGGGCCUUUUCUUGUAGAAGAGGAUGGGCAAACCCUAUACGAAAAUCCAUACUCAUGGAAUAAAGUUGCCAACCUUCUAUUCGUGGAUGCCAUAGAGACAGUUGGCUUCUCCAGGGCAAAUACCUCAGAAGUAUCACCCUCAGAUCCAAUCGUGGUGACUAGUAUAAUCAGAUUCAUCAUUCUAUGGCUCCAGCGAUUCCCAAAAUACAUGAACAACGAACUGUAUAUCGCUGGCCAAGACUACAUUGGCACAAUCGGGCCCCAGAUUGCUCUCCGCAUUGCUAGGAUCAACCGCAAGGCGAAACAAGGGUUGUUCAUCAACCUCAAAGGACUAGUGAUGGGGAGUCCAGCGCUCGACCCAGCUGAAGAUGAGAUCGGCAAGCUUGAAUACUUGUGGAGUCACAAUCUCAUUUCCGAUUCGUUGUACAAAAACUAUUUGUUAAAAUGCGUCAAACAGAAGAGCAUAGACUGCUUUGAAGAAAUAAUGGCUACUGGAGACAUGGUAGUUAAACUGAACAGAAGACUACUCUAUACUAACCGCUUGUGUCCUGUAGAAAAAGGUGUUGACGUUGGAUUUAAUUUCGUGCUACGCGUUUACAGGUGUGAAGACCAAUAUGUGGCUGGCUACUUCAACACACUUUUCGUUCAGAGAGCUCUACACAUACACGCCAAGAAAGGCGUUCUGUUUUGGAGCUACUGCAAUGACGAGUUGAGUUUGCAAUCUUCGCAUGUUAAUACACUGGAAAAUAUUCAGAAAUUGUUGGCUACUGGGCUCAGGAUACUAGUAUACAGUGGUGAUCUGGAUCUCACCAAUCCUUUUCUGGGGACAGUGAGAUCUUUGGAGAAGCUCAAUUUAACCAUCGUUGAGUCUUGGAGACCGUGGUUCAGCAACGCUCUUGAGAUCGCAGGAUUCACGGAGACUUAUCAAGGUGGACUAGUAUAUGCAACGGUGAGGAAUUCAGGGAUAUGGAUCGGUAAAGAUCAGCCCGAUUUGGCCCUUACCUUGAUCACAAGCUUCCUUAACAACCAACCCCUCCCUCGUUCUAAAUAUUUAUUUUCUUCUUGAUUGAUAAUUCUCUGCCUGUGUGAGCAGUUUUCCUGUCACUCUUGCAACAGCAGAGCCUUAUAAUUGCCCCCUGUGAUUAAUGAAUAAAUUCUGUUAUUUUUUUUUUUGUUUUUUAAUAUGUUUAUUUAUUUGAGAAUGACAAGAGCUACAUCUGGAGUAUACAUAUAAAGCUAUCUACCCUCUAAUAUUAUUGUGUAAGACCCAGAAAUACAGAUUGAAAUGGCACAGGAAAACAAGGUUGAGCAACCUUUCACACACAGAAAACCCUACACCCCAGAACACCUGAGUUGUCACUCACAUUGUUCUCACCCUCUGAGAUACAUCAAAGAGAAAACCCAGCAUUGACAUAACAUAUUCAGGUCAGACCCAUAAACAGAAAUCAGGUUUAGUCCAUAUACCUUGGCACCCACCACAAACCUCAAUGAAACUUUCCCUUCGGGGUUUCUCUUUACAAAGUUGGGUUGGAUCAUGGAGCAGGCUACACAAUAAUUGAAGGCACAACUCAAAAAAAAUAGGCCUUGUUUGGCAAUUGAAAGCCUAAUAGACUAAAAGACAGAUGCCAAAAAAGUCCCAAAAAGACCAAAAUGGUCUAGAUCUG